AUGCGUUCGUCGAGUUCAAAUGAAGACCAGUGCCUGUUCUGCGGGAAAACGGAGGCUCAAUCCACGGACAUCGACUGGGUACAAUGCUCUGCGUGUAUGUUUUGGGCUCAUUUUUCUUGUGCUGGUGUUGACCAGGAAAUAGCCAAAACGGAUUGGCAUUGCCCGCAGUGUGUGCGGUCUGAUGUACAGCAGUUGAGAGUUUCGGAACCUUCUACGAAAAGGCGGGCUAAGAAAUCCGGCGCAAAAGGUGAUGCGGGGUCUGAUCAAGGAGCUGGGUCCGCCAAGGAUCCGUCUGAGCAGCAGUCGGAAGAGGAACAGCUGAUGAGAGAGACCUUUGCAAAGCAAAUGGAGGCACGGAAGGCACAGCUCGCCAGGAAGAAGGCGCUGUUGGAACUGCAAAUGCAGCAAGAGUGGGAGAUGCGUGAGCAGGAGCUCCAGUUCCAGCGUGAAAUGGAAGAGUUGCAACUGGAACAGGAACGGAAAGUGCUAGACAAGCAGCUUGCCGCAGAAAAGGAGUUCCUGCGUAAGAGAAAUGCUAUUCGAAGGGAGAUAGACGAUAGCAUUCAGAGGGUGCACGCGCUGAAGGAUGACGCGGCUGCUGUUGCGGGCACAGUCGGUGGUGUAUCGGACGAGAAAUCGAAGCAGAAGGUGACAACAUGGCUGAAGGAGAAAGUAAAUACCGAGUCAGUGGUAGGUAAAAGUCGGGGUGCAAUUCCGAAAUCAGGACUGCGGCGUAACCUAACGGAGGUUCCCCGGUCAGAAAAGCAAGGUACAGAAGGCAGCGAGGUAGAUAGUGACGAAAGUACAUGCGGUGCUGCAUCGGAAAAGAAUGCUAGAGGUAGUAUUCAUGGUAGCAACCGUACUACGAGCCAUGGGCCGGGGCGUAGGGUAUGUCGGAUCUCAAGGGAUCAGUUGGCCGCUCGGAAGGCGGUGUCCCAUAGUCUGCCUAAGUUCAGGGGGGAACCCGAAGUUUGGCCCCUGUUCAUUAGCAGUUUUGAGUAUACGACAGAAGCUUGCGGAUUUUCGAAUCUCGAGAAUCUGAAGCGGUUACAGGACUGCUUGAUGGGUGAUGCGCUUGAAGCAGUUAGGAGUCGGUUGGUGAUGCCGGAUUCCGUUCCGGAUGUGAUUCAAGACCUUCGAAAUCUGUUCGGUAAGCCGGAGAAGUUGCUUAAGACUUUGCUGGUGAAGUUUAGGAAUGCACCAUCACCAAGACCGGAUCGUUUAGAAACUUUCUUCCAGUUUGGGAUAACGGUCAAGCAGCUGUGCGAUCAUCUCGAGGCCGCCCGUCUACAAGAUCAUCUGACCAACCCGAUGUUGGUGCAGGAGUUAGUUGAUAAGCUGCCACCCUCUUACAAGCUCGAUUGGGUACGGUAUAAGCGCAACAAGGUAGAGAGUCCGUUGCGAAUGUUUACAAACUUCAUAAACGAAAUUGUGUCCGAUGUGUCGGAGGUGGAGGAGUUUACCGGGUUGUCGAUCAGCGAAUAUAGUCGUUCUGGGAGAGGAAACCCUAAAAAGAGGGAGUUUGUGUUGGUUCACGAAUCAGAGCAGAAGCGGAACGAUGGAUUUCGAAGCGAGUCGAGCAGCAAGGCGUGCUGGAUAUGUAAGCGGUCGGGCCAUCUCAUGAAGUUCUGUGACCAGUUCAGGAGAAUGAAUAUUGCGGAGCGGUUGAGCGAGGUUGAGAAGCAGAAUUUGUGCGAACGCUGUCUUCAGAAACAUGGUAACGGACGUUGCGUGUCAAGGAUGCGAUGCACGGUGCGGAACUGUCAGGGAAACCAUCAUCCCCUGUUACACCGGGUGGAGGAGUCGAUACAGUUGCAGAAGGCAGAGAAUGGUAUGCUCAACGGUGAGGGAUGUUCGAUAAUUUUUCGUAUGAUGCAGGUGACGCUUUAUGUGGGAAAUCGACAGUUGGAUACUGUAGCGUUUCUCGACGAAGGGUCCUCGGCUACAUUGGUGGACGAUUUAGUUGCUAGCCUGCUGAAAGCAGAAGGUAUGCUAGAGCCUCUAAUCGUCACGUGGACCAGUAACAUCAACCGCAUCGAAAAUCAUUCUAGAAAAGUGGAAUUGAUGAUUUCCGCGAGAGGGUCGAAGGAAAAGUUUCCUUUGUUUAACACCAGGACAGUGUCGGAGUUGCAGUUACCAAAACAACACGUACGCUUCGCUGAUGUUGUAAAACGCUACAAGCAUUUGGCUGGAAUUCCCGUAGAAGACGAUCCUCAAUCGUUGCCCACAAUUCUGGUCGGUUUGGACAAUUUGUACUUGUUUGCACCACUAGAGUCUCGAGUCGGCAAGCCUAGUGAGCCGAUCGCGGUUCGAUCCAGACUGGGAUGGACAAUCUAUGGGUCGGUCAAGCGUAAAGCGUGUAUUCACACCUACUUGAAUCUGCAUUCGGUAAAAACUGUCAGCAAUCAGGGGCUGCAAGACAUGAUUCGGGAUCAGUACAUGAUGGAAGAGACAGCGGUUACAUUAUUCACUCCACCGGAACCAGCUCAUGAGAAGCGUGCUCGUGAAAUCCUCGAGGCAACGACGAAAAGAGUAGGAGAUCGGUUCGAAACGGGGUUACUGUGGAAAGAAGAUACGCGCCGGUUUCCCGAUAGCUUUCCGAUGGCCGUUCGGAGGAUGAGAGCACUUCAGCGGAAAUUGGAAAAAGAUCCAGCAUUGGAUCAGAAUGUGAAAGACCAAAUCGAGGAAUAUCAAGCCAAGGGCUACGCGCAUAAGAUUACUGCUGCAGAACUGGUGGAGACAGCUAGUUCGACUGUAUGGUACUUGCCAAUGAACGUGGUGGUGAACCCAAGGAAACCCAGUAAAGUACGCCUAGUGUGGGACGCUGCUGCUUCGGUGGGUGGAAUAUCGUUGAAUUCGGAAUUGUUAAAGGGGCCAGACAUGCUAGUGCCUCUUCCGAAAGUUGUCUGUGGGUUUCGGGAAGGUCCAGUCGCAUUUGGGGGAGACAUCCAGGAGAUGUAUCACCAGAUCAAGAUAGUAGCUAAGGAUAAGCAAGCGCUUCGAUUCCUAUUUGGAACCGACCCAACGGGUGCACCGCAAACGUACGUGAUGGACGUGGCAACAUUUGGCGCUACAUGUUCACCAUGUUCGGCGCAGUUUGUUAAGAACCUGAACGCGCAGCAGUUUGCGACGGAGUUUCCGGAAGCAGCAGCAGCGAUUUUGAAUAAGCAUUAUGUGGACGACUAUUAUGACAGUGCAGACACUAUCGACGAAGCGAUCCGUAGAGCCAAUGAAGUGAAACACAUUCACGCACGAGGCGGAUUCCACAUACGAAACUGGGUGUCGAAUUCGAAGAAAUUUUUGGAGGAACUCGGGGAACGUAACGUUAGCGCAACAGUGCAUUUCUCUCGAGACAAGGGUACGGAGUAUGAACGUGUACUGGGCAUAGUUUGGGAGCCGGUGGAAGAUAUUUUUUGUUUCGCUACAGUGUCCAAAAAGGAGUUUCUGGAAAUGGUCGAUGGUCGGGAAUAUCCGACAAAGCGCACGGUUCUCAGUUUCGUGAUGGCUCAGUUCGAUCCAAUGGGUUUCCUCGCACCAAUCACGGUUUGCGGUAAGAUGCUGAUACAAGAUCUUUGGAGAACAGGCUGUGACUGGGAUACCAAGAUUGAUACAGUGUCGUUCCAGAAGUGGUUGCGCUUGAUGCAAAUGAUGCGUAGUAUUGGGUCGUUUAAGUUACCACGAAGUUAUUUCGGUAGUGCCAAGUCAGAUGAGGUAACGGAUCUACAGUUACAUAUAUUUGCCGACGCGAGCGAGACAGCGUACGGCUGUGUGGCGUAUUUUCGGGCGGUAGUUAGAGGUGAAGUAACGUGUACACUGGUAAUGAGCCGCUCAAAGGUGGCUCCGCUGAAGCAGAUCUCAAUUCCGCGUCUAGAACUGUUGGCCGCUGUUUUGGGAGCAAGACUGUCGCGGACAGUGGUUGAAAACCACAACCUCAAAAUUGAGAAAGUGGUGUAUUGGAUCGAUGCAAGUGUAGUGCUAUCGUGGAUUCGGUCGGACCAGCGCAGAUACAAACAGUUCGUCGGAUUCCGAAUCGGCGAACUACUUAGUCUGACGAAGAUAUCCGAUUGGCGUUGGGUGCCCACAAGACUGAACGUAGCGGACCAGCUCACUAAGUGGGGCAAGGAUCCGGAAAUGCAUCCAGAUAGCGCGUGGGUUCGAGGACCUGCAUUUCUAUAUAAGACGAGUGAAGAGUGGCCAAAAAGGGUCCUUCCACCAGCAAACACGACGGAAGAGCUACGGGUUCAUCUGUUGUUACACGAUGUAAGAGUAGUGGACGAAUUGAAGGUAUUGUCAAGAAAUAAGGAUCGACCAGCAAGUCAGUGGAUGGCAAUAGAAAAGACUAGUCCGCUGUACAAGCUUACACCGUUAAUCGAUGAAAGAGGGUUGAUUCGGAUGGAAGGCCGAGUCGAACGUGCGGAUUUUUUGCCGUUCAAUUUGCGAUUUCCAGUGAUUUUGCCCAGCGACCACCGAAUAACCAGACUUAUAGUUCAACACUACCAUGAGAAGAGCGGACACGGUUACCGCCAAGCGGUGAAGAAUGAGCUGAAGCAGCUGUAUUACAUUCCGCACGUGGAUGCGGUAGUUCGGAAGGUGUCGUCGUUAUGUAUAUGGUGCAGGGUUAAUCGUAAUCGUCCCCAGGUUCCCCGUAUGGCUCCGCUGCCGGUGCAGAGAUUAACACCGAAUCUUCGUCCGUUCAGCUACGUCGGUGUCGAUUACCUGGGACCAAUCGAGGUGACCGUGUUACGUAGGAAGGAAAAACGGUGGAUAGCGCUGUUUACCUGUUUAGUGACACGUUCGGUGCAUUUGGAAGUGUCACACGGACUUACGACUCAGUCGUGCUUGAUGGCUAUUCAUCGAUUCAUCGGUCGGCGAGGCUGGCCGGCUGAGUUCUUUUCGGACAACGGAACUAAUCUACGGGGAGCCAGCAAAGAGAUAGUGGAAACCGUGAGAAGUAUCGGAGACGAGUGCGCUGAUCAAAUCACCAAUGCGAAGACGAAGUGGAGUUUCAAUCCUCCCGCUGCGCCUCACAUGGGAGGGGUUUGGGAGCGCCUUGUGCGCUCAGUGAAAGAAGCGCUUACGACGCUCAACGACGGAAGGCGGUUAACGGAUGAAGUUCUAGGCACAACAAUUGUCAAUGUGGAGGACAUAAUAAACUCACGCCCUCUCACGUACGUCUCUCAGGAAUCCAGUGAAGCAGAGGCGCUUACUCCAAACCAUUUUUUGAGGGGUGCUUCGCCAAACCUGCCGUGUGCUACAUUUCCCCAGACAAAUCCAGCAGAAGCCCUUCGGGACGCCUUUCAACGUUCCCAGCAGUUGACGGAUAUGAUGUGGAGACGCUGGAUAAAGGAGUAUGUUCCAUCGUUGAAUCAGAGGACCAAAUGGUUUGGGGAAACUCACCCGUUGCGAGCAGGAGAUUUGGUGUAUGUGGUGGACGGAAAUAACCGGAAAUGUUGGAUUCGUGGUGUCGUGGAGAAACCCAUUGUGUCGGGUGAUGGAAGGAUCCGACAGGCAUGGGUACGUACGAAAAACGGACGUUUCAAACGGGCGACAGCAAGACUAGCCGUGAUGGAGAUUUCGGAGGGUAACUCUGAUCCGGAUUGGACUUCCGGCGCAGGGUUACGGGCCGGGGAAUGUUCUGGCCACACUGGUGAGGUUGACAGAAGAAGAUAA